AUGGCGGGAAUUUUCCGGUUGCAGGACUCGUCUGAAUACGACUACGGGUCAGAUCCGACUGGCUCAGGCAUGUGUGACAGAGGGUGGGUCAGGGAUUUCCGUGGCCAGUGGGAACCGCCUCUCUUCUGGAUCAUCUUCCUCCUGGGCGCCGUGGGGAACCUGCUGGUGGUCUGGAUCUACACCACCGUGCGCCACCGCCUGAAAACCAUGACCGACGUGUACCUGCUCAACCUGGCCGUGGCCGACCUCCUCUUCCUGUGCAUGCUGCCCUUCUUGGCGGUCGAUUCUAUCAAGGGCUGGAACUUUGGAAUCAGCCUCUGCAAAAUAGUUUCAGCGGUCUAUAAAAUCAACUUCUUCAGUGGCAUGCUCCUGCUCACCUGCAUUAGCGUGGACCGCUACAUCGCUAUCGUGCAAGUCACCAAGGCCCAGAACCUGAAGAAAAAGAGGCUGUUCUACAGCAAGCUGGCCUGCCUGGGUGUCUGGACGUUCUCCGCUCUGCUGGCCCUCCCCGAGUUCAUUUUCGCCCAGGUGACUGACCGAAAUGGGCAGGUUUUGUGUACUCUGGUUUACUGGAACAACGCGUUCAACCGCACGAAGAUCCUUGUUCUGUCCCUGCAGAUCUGCGUGGGCUUCUUCCUCCCUCUGCUCGUCAUGUUAUUCUGUUACUCGGUCAUCAUUCGCACACUCCUGCAGGCCAAGAGCUUCGAGAAGCACAAGGCCCUGCGGGUCGUCUUUGUCGUGGUGUUUGUGUUUGUUCUCUCUCAAGACAAGAAGGGGUCUCGGGGGCUGGCGAGGGCUCCUCCUCGGCCUCCUAAUCCCCAGGCCCAGCCAUCCCUUCAGGGCAUGCCUCAGAUCUCAUUGUCCCAGAGCGGGACCCCCGCUCCCCGCUUCAAGGAGCCUGCUAAAGGCACCUUUCAAGCCGGGGCGAUGUCUCCCGGAUGA